UCUAUCCCGGCAGGUACUGGAGGGAGCCGGGUGAGGGGUCGGGGGUAUUACACACAAGCUUUCUCCUUAUUUGGUACGUGGAGCGUUGUAAACCUGGAUCCACCGUGUAUAGAUGGGGUGUACCUCUCUGGACUGGAGCAUGAUUUCUACAUGCUUGUGUCAGCAGAACUUGACCACUUUAUACAACAGGGAAACCACAAGGCAGUUCUUUUGUUCCCGCCUGUCUCUAGCCGACUGCGUUACCUUAUCCACCGGCUCGCAGAGCCUUAUAAUGGACUUAGCAGCUUUUCUGUAGGUGAAGGGUGGCAGCGCCGCACUGUAUUAUGCCAUGUAGAGAUCAGGCUCCCAUCACAAAGUGAAGAAUCCAGCGAUGCAGCAGAUAAAAGUUACAGCCGAACUUGGCGUGGCUCUUACAACAAAAAAUCAGAGACUGGCAGAGGAAGACAAAACUGGAGGCAGAGAAAGGAUGCAAGACCAGACCGAGGAAUGUAUGCAGCUAAGGGGAAGCCUUGGUGGAAAGUUAGAGAAGAACAGAGAAUAAAGGACAUAGAAGACAGCCAGACUAAAGAACCAGAAGUUAGAGAGUGCCAUAGAUAUACAUAUCACAGGGGACAACUGAUGCAAGUGACGAAAAAAGAAAACACGAAUGGACAGGAAAGCGCAGUGUCUGAGACAGGCAAAAUGGAAGGUUUGGACAGAGCAGAGGAGAGUUUGGUGGACCUUGAGGUACCAGAGCAUGGAUCACAGGACCACAAGUUACCAAAGGAAAGUCUGAGCAGUCAAGAUAUGAUAGAAAAGAUGGACAGAGAAAUGGCAGAUGCACAGGGAACAUUUGUGCAUGGCACAAGGGAGGAAGACCAAAAUGUGUCCGAUACUGUCAUGGAAAAAUGUGAAAGAGCCGUGGCCUCUUUUGGACAGGAGAAUCCAGAUGGGAUAUCAAAAGUCCCUGAUGAGGUGCAGGACCACACAGGAGUGCUGAUCCCAAGUAGUGUGAAUGAGUUGUCAAAGAGCCUAGAUGGUCUGAAGGUCGGUGAGAAGAUGCAGGUGAAGCAAGAUGAGGAAGAAAUUACAAAUAUCUCAGAAGAGCUAAAGGACCUAACAAAGGGAUCAGAGAGCCAAAGAGUGGUAGAAAAGCCAGCAAAGAAUGCAGAAAAGCUAGAGAAGGAAUCGCAGGAUCUGGAAGAGAAUAGAGAGAGUCCUGUACCGGUGCAAAGAUCCCAGGAAAUUGAUCAAUCUAAAGGCAUUGCAGAAUAUCAAAAUGUUGAAAAGCCAGUGGAAAGUCACAUAGGAACACACAGCAAAACAGCGGACCAUGAAGUGAGGACCGAAGAAGGCAUGGAAAAAUCUGAGAAUACAUCAAUUGCAGACCAAAUCUAUGAUACAGAUGCAUCUGAAGACAAUAGAGCCGAUAUAACAGAAACCGCCGACUGUGGCAAAGUACAAGACGAUGCAAUAAUAGACUCCAAACCAGACAAUGGAUGCAAUCCUUCAGAGUGCAAUGAUGCAAAUAGUGAAAGUGUAACUGGUAAAAACAAACUUGAAAUAAUUAGUAAUGAUGUGGAGAUGGAAACAACCAGUUUAGAAUCUGCCUCAAAUAUUCUAUUCGAAAAUGUGUGCUGUGUUCCCAGUGUAGAUGGUGGCAAUAAUACUAGGAAAGAUGAAAAAGUACAAGUGUCUGGUGGUGAUAGCACAGAGUCUGCGAUACCGGAAUCACACUUGCCAGCUGACAAAACAGGGGAAGAAGACAAAAGUGUGACAGAAAUUUCUAAGACUAGUAUCAGCUCUAUGCUAACAGAAGUGGAAAUGUCAAAAGGUAACGAUGAAGAUCCGCAGAAGAUGCUUGAGCAAAUUAUGACUGAGAUUAUUGCCCAUGUAAGUGAGAAGGAUGUGCACAUCCAGCCUCUCUUGUCUGAUUUCUCAGAAUUUGCAGAAACUCGGGUGGAUCACGGGAGAUUUGGCCAUAUUAUUGAGGUGUAUGGCUUUUCCUCCACACUUGGCACUGAGGAUCUGAUGGAGCCGUUUCAAAAUUACAGAGACAGAGGUUUCCACCUGCAGUGGGUUGAUCAGUCGCAUGCCCUGGGAAUAUUUUCCAGUCCCGAGGAUGCAUAUGCUGCAUCCUGCAGGACUCACUCUGCUAUGAAGUUCCGUCCUUUGUCUCAGGGCAGCCGUCAGUCCAAAAUGCUGGCCCAUGAGAGAACAGUAUCUGUGCAGCCUUACAAGGACAGGCCUCCGACGGAUGCAUCUGUGGCGAAGAGAAUGGUGAACAGAGCACUAGGGCAGCAGACACAAGAGGCUGAUGAGUCUGUGAAGGAGUGAGCUUGGAAUCUUUCGGCACUGAGUGUUCAUACAAAGUCUACAGCACGCUACAUGGGUUUUCUGCACACUAGAGGUGCAGCACAGGCAUAUGUGGCCAAAGAGGUCCAUCUGUUUAAGGAAUUUUGGCUUUGCACAUAGGGUGACCUUUAACAAUAUACAGAUUUUCUUACUUUCCUUAGAUCUGCCUGGCUCAGAAAAUGUAAAAUUUGUAUGAAGGAGACAAUAUACUAUAGUAUGGAAGCCCAUGAAGUUUAUUCUAGGACCACGUAUGCUUUCUUUUUCUCAUGAGCUGUUUAAUUAAUUAGGCAAGGAAGGCUAUUAUCCCAUAAAUCCUUUUUGUUAAAGAAGCCACCAUCCUCUGCCUUUUCAAGUGCCUUGAAGCAGCAGAGAUGUGGAAGUUUAUUUUCUUUUGUUUGAAAUAUCGCUGCAAAACUAAAGUAAUUUUAUGUUUUGAUCUGUUGCUGUUUAAUGUGGAUGCCAUGUUUUUUUAGCAUGUGACCAUAACAUGAUGUAAUUGGCAGCUG